GUCGCUUCUUUAGGCAUCUGUGCCCGUAAAUGGAGUCAAGUGGGAUUCGUGGAAUACUCCGGGACGCAGUGGGAAACGGUGACUCGUGGUCGACGGUCACCAACUACAGCGACACAGACCGGAAACCUCGUUUCGCUCCUUUCCCUGGCCCAUCGACGGCUCUCCUACUCUACCGCAGUUUCUUUUUCUUGUUUCCUUCUUCCUCCGGAACAAGGGAUAUCCUUCUCUCUUCUUACCCUUCCGCGUAGCCCUUCCACCACCAAACCCUCUCGCUUCGCGGAUUGCGCCUUCAGCUCUCGCAGGGCGAGCGGAGGAGCGGUUCCGAUCGCUUCGUGGGAUCAGAUCUAUUGCGAAUCGAGCGGUUCGUUUGGAUCUGAUCCCAUCCCCAUGCUGUCGAAUCACCUUCAGAACGGGAUCGAGACGGCCCGACUCGUAUGGUCCCGCCUGCCCAGCUCCGAGGAGGGCGAGAGAACCGAGAUCGAGUUACCCAGCCACAGCCGUGGCGCUGAGAGCCUCGACUACGAGGUGAUCGAGAAUUACGCCUACCGGGAAGCGCAGGCACAGAGAGGAAAGCUCUGGGUUUCAUAUUAUGUAGUCCUCAAAUGGUUGUUCUCUUUAAUCAUCGGUAUCGGUACUGGUUUGGCUGCUGUGUUCAUUAAUCUGGCCGUCGAAAACUUCUCAGGCUGGAAAUAUGCUGCAACUUUCUCUAUAAUACAGCACUCAUAUUUUGUGGGUUUCUUGGUGUACAUAUUAUUCAAUUUGGGUCUGGUCUUUUCUUCCGUCUAUAUUGUAACAAAGUUUGCACCAGCUGCAGCAGGAUCUGGUAUACCUGAGAUUAAGGGUUACUUGAAUGGAGUGGACACACCUGGAAUCCUUCUUUUUAGAACAUUGAUUGGGAAGGUUUUUGGAAGCAUUGGCUCUGUUGGUGGUGGGCUUGCUCUGGGUAAAGAAGGACCCCUUGUGCAUACUGGUGCUUGUAUUGCAUCUCUUCUUGGACAGGGUGGAUCCAAAAGAUACCACUUAAGUUCCAAGUGGGUACGUGUCUUUGAGAGUGACCGUGAUCGGCGUGAUCUUGUGACCUGCGGAUGUGCAGCUGGGGUUGCUGCUGCUUUUCGAGCUCCAGUUGGUGGUGUACUCUUUGCCCUGGAAGAAGUUACAUCAUGGUGGAGAAGCCAGCUUAUGUGGAGAGUGUUCUUUACAUCUGCUGUUGUGGCUGUGGUGGUAAGAUCUGCAAUGAACUGGUGCAAGAGUGGGAAAUGUGGACAUUUUGGUUCUGGUGGCUUCAUUAUCUGGGACAUAUCAGGUGGUCAAGAAGACUACUCUUUUCAGGAAUUACUGCCUAUGGCAAUUAUUGGGGUUAUUGGUGGUCUUCUUGGAGCCUUGUUUAAUCAGCUUACUCUUUUUAUAACAAGUUGGCGGCGAAAAUAUUUGCAUAAGAAGGGAAAUAGAAUCAAGAUUUUGGAAGUUUGCAUUAUAUCCCUGGUAACCUCAGUUAUUUCAUUUGGAUUGCCACUUCUGAGAAGAUGCAGUGCAUGCCCUGAUUCGGAGAUGAGUCCUGGUAUUGAAUGCCCUCGUCCACCUGGGACAGAUGGAAACUUUGUGAAUUUUUACUGUGCUAAGGAUAGUGAAUAUAAUGAUCUGGCGACAAUUUUCUUCAAUACACAGGUGAUGUUAGCAGAAUACAACAAUUCUUAUUAUAUAAAGCACUUUUAUGGAAGCUGGUUUCUUGUCUUUGACAUCAUGACAUUUCUGCUGCAGGAUGAUGCAAUACGCAAUUUAUUUAGUGCAAAAACGUUCCACGAGUACAGUGCUCAAAGCCUUGUCAUUUUUUUGGUAAUGUUUUAUUCCUUAGCAGUGGUGACAUUUGGGACUGCUGUUCCGGCUGGCCAAUUUGUCCCUGGAAUAAUGAUUGGAUCAACUUAUGGACGUCUUGUUGGAAUGCUUGUGGUGAAAUUUUACAGAAAGCUUAAUGUUGAGGAGGGAACGUACGCUCUACUUGGUGCUGCUUCAUUUCUUGGUGGUUCUAUGCGAAUGACCGUUUCUUUAUGUGUGAUUAUGGUUGAAAUCACAAAUAACUUGAAGCUGUUACCCCUUAUCAUGCUUGUUCUUCUAAUAUCAAAGGCUGUUGGUGAUUUUUUUAAUAAAGGUCUAUAUGAAGAGCAAGCCCAAUUGAGAGGCAUUCCUCUGCUUGAAUCGAGGCCAAAACUUUAUAUGCGUAACAUGACAGCCAAGGAGGCAAGCAAGAAUCAAAAGGUCGUAUCCUUCCCUCGUGUUGUUAAAGUUGGGAACAUUGUCUCUGUGUUACGUAGCAACAAGCACAAUGGCUACCCUGUAGUAGAUCAGGGGCAGAAUGGAGAGACACUCGUCAUUGGUCUCAUUCUUCGCAGUCAUUUAUUAGUACUACUACAGUCCAAGAUGGAUUUUCAGAACAGUCCUUUUCCUUGCGAUAUGAGGGGAAUCAACAGACACAACUUCAGUGAUUUUGUCAAACCUGUCUCAAGUAAAGGAAUGUCUAUUGAGGAAAUUCAUCUGACUGAGGAUGAACUUGAGCUCUACUUAGAUCUUGCCCCUUUUCUAAACCCUUCUCCCUAUAUUGUGCCAGAGGAUAUGUCUUUGGCAAAGGUGUACAAUCUUUUCCGGCAGUUAGGACUGAGGCAUAUAUUUGUCGUUCCUCGUCCUUCCCGUGUUAUAGGUUUAAUUACCAGGAAGGAUUUAUUACUUGAGGAAAGAGAUCAUUCAGCAACGACGGAACUUCAAUCAACUAGUGUAAGAUCUCAGCAUCCUCUUCUUGAUAGUCUUCUCAACCAAGAAUAAAAGCUUUUACGGUUUACAGACUCUCUUUGUUUGCAUAACACAUGCUACCUUCACGCAGAGGAGCGCAAUAUACCGGUUAACUCUGAAUUUGUAAUACUUUACGUCGAUAUUUUGGUCUCUCGUUGCAUCUUUCUUUACUUUAGGGAGUGAUGGUCUGCAGCCAUCCGAUUGCCGAGAACAAAUGUAGGCUUCUAUAAGCUAGAGGUUUAUAUUAUUUGAUUCUUACUGCGAGGUAAAGGGUUCUAAAAUUCUGCAUUGUAUGUAGAAAACGUUGCCCAAUAUUUUUGUUCACUCGAUGCUGUUGCCAUGA